CCAUUGUAGGCGGAGCCUAAGCGGACUCGUGCUCUCCCGUAGUAUUAGCGGCUCCGAUCCAUCUCUUGCUGCCAGUCCCCGUGUAACCAUGCGUUGGCAUCUUCUCCGCCGCCUCUACCGCUCUCUGCCCGGCUACAGGGAGGCACUGAGCCGCGGGCACCCUGCCGCCCGGCCAUUCUCGUCCUCCGCGUGGAGAAGCACCCAGGAGCUGCACGUGGCAGUGUCCAGGAAUAUAAUUCAACGAUCAAAAGAAACACUCAGGAACUUGCAAAUAGAAAACGCUGCAUUCAAGCCAGUUCUGGCGAUAAUUCAAACAAGCACAGAUGAUGUAACAUUGGAGACAACCAGACACUUUGCACAGGAGCUUGGCGUGGAUGUCCAUCACAUACGUCUGCCGAAGGAAAGCAGUGAUGAAGAGAUUAUUGAUGAAAUCCGAAAACUUAAUGAAGACCCAAAAGUACAUGGCCUGGUCCUCCAUUUAGCUGAACCCAACAUCAAUGUGCUUGGCGCAGUGCAGCCGGACAAAGAUGUGGAUGGUGUUACAGAUGUCAACUUGGGAAAGACAAUCCGUAGCAAUGCUCAAGAUGGCUUUGUCUCACCCACUGCCAUUGGCAUUAUGGAACUGAUAGAACAAAUGGUUCCGAACUCCUUAGAGGGGAAGAAAGUGUUAAUAGUGGGCGCAGAUGGUUCGCUGGAGGCUCCGCUGCAAUGUCUGCUCCAGAAGAAAGGUGCAGUGUCCUUGGUCAGCUCCUGGCAGUCACAGCAGCUGCAGAGCAAGCUUAGCGAUGCUGAACUAGUUGUUAUUGGAAGUGCUAAACCUCAGGAGAUUCCGGUUAGCUGGAUAAAGCCAGGAACCUUGGUUGUCUUCUCAGGUGGCUCUGAACUGACCAGCGAUGGAUUACCUGGCCAAGCUGUGGGCCCAUUGGCUGCUGCCCUGAGGCUGGAGAAUCUAGCAGCAAGUAGUAAAAGAUGGAUCAAUGCCCAGAAGUACAAAAACUGGAAUCUUCAUUGUUUAAAGUUGCAACCUCUCUCCCCUGUCCCCAGUGAUAUUGAGAUUUCCCGAGGACAGCAUCCAAAAUCUAUUGAUGUGCUUGCCAAGGAAAUAGGAUUGCUUACAGAUGAAAUUGAAAUGUAUGGCCAUACAAAAGCCAAAGUACGUCUGUCUCUUCUGGAAAGGUUAAAAGAGCAGCCAGAUGGAAAAUAUGUUUUAGUUGCUGGUAUAACACCAACACCCCUUGGUGAAGGGAAAAGCACAGUUACCAUUGGCCUGGUGCAGGCCCUCACGGCUCAUAAAAAGAUCAACUCCUUUGCAUGUCUGAGACAACCUUCACAAGGACCUACUUUUGGAGUCAAAGGUGGAGCAGCGGGGGGUGGAUACGCUCAGGUUAUCCCUAUGGAAGAGUUUAACUUGCACUUGACUGGAGACAUUCAUGCGAUCACGGCAGCCAAUAACUUGCUGGCGGCUGCCAUAGAUGCAAGGAUCCUACAUGAAAACACUCAGUCAGACAAGGCUUUAUAUAAUCGUCUGGUUCCAUCCAUUAAUGGAGUUCGAAAGUUUUCUCCUAUCCAGAUUGCUCGGUUAAAGAGAAUAGGAAUUGACAAGACUGAUCCUGGAUCAUUGACUACAGAGGAGAUCAGCAGAUUUGUACGCUUGGACAUUGACCCUUCUACAAUAACUUGGCAAAGAGUGCUGGACACAAAUGAUCGAUUUCUUAGAAAGAUCACUGUAGGACAGGCGAGCACUGAGAAAGGCUUUUCCCGCCAGGCUCAGUUUGACAUUGCUGUGGCAAGUGAAAUCAUGGCUAUCCUUGCCUUAACUAACAACCUACAUGAUAUGAAGGAAAGAUUUGGAAGAAUGGUGGUGGCCAGUGACAAAAAAGGACAGCCUGUUACUGCAGAAGACCUGGGCAUUACAGGUGCUUUGGCUGUUCUGAUGAAAGAUGCCAUAAAGCCAACACUGAUGCAAACAUUGGAGGGAUCUCCAGUUUUUGUCCAUGCUGGACCUUUUGCUAACAUUGCACAUGGCAGUUCUUCUGUGCUGGCUGACAAGAUUGCAUUGAAACUUGUGGGUGAAGAUGGUUUUGUUGUGACAGAAGCUGGUUUUGGUGCUGACAUUGGUAUGGAGAAGUUUUUUAACAUUAAAUGCAGAGCAUCUGGUUUGGUUCCCAAUGUGGUUGUCCUUGUGGCUACCAUUAGGGCUUUGAAGAUGCAUGGAGGAGGACCCAAUGUUACUGCUGGGGCUCCUCUAGCCAAGGAGUACACAGAAGAGAAUCUCCAGCUGGUUCAGGAUGGCUGCUGUAAUUUACAGAAGCAGAUACAGAUUGCUCAGCAGUUUGGUGUUCCAGUAGUGGUCGCCUUAAAUAUCUUCAAAAAUGAUACUCAAGCUGAAAUUGACCUAGUCUGCAAAAUUGCUAAGGAUUCUGGUGCCUUUGAUGCCGUUCCCUGUAAUCAUUGGUCGCUUGGUGGCAAAGGAUCCCUGGAACUAGCGGAAGCCGUGAAGGGAGCUGCAGAGCAAGAUAUUGACUUCAGAUAUCUCUAUGACUUAAAGCUGCCCAUUGUGGAAAAGAUCAGGACCAUAGCUCAAAAAGUUUAUGGUGCUGCAGAUAUAGAACUGUCCCCAAAAGCACAGUCAAAGAUUGAGGUCUACACACAGCAGGGAUUUAAUAAACUUCCAAUCUGCAUGGCUAAGACACAUCUGUCUUUAUCACAUCAGUCUGAUAAGAAAGGGGUGCCUACAGGCUUCAUUCUACCCAUAAGUGAUGUCCGAGCUAGCAUUGGUGCUGGCUUCAUAUAUCCACUAGUGGGAACUAUGAGUACCAUGCCAGGACUACCUACAAGACCUUGCUUCUACGACAUUGAUCUUGAUCCUGAUACAGAGGAAGUGAAAGGACUGUUUUAGACAAGCCGCAGAAUUGCUCACUGCCUGUGCUUGGAAUCUCUGUGUGAAUCCCAAGAAUGCUUACUACUUCAUUUUCACUCAGCCAACCGAACCCUUCAAGAAUCCAGAGUCUCUACUUUCUAAGUAAUACAGUGUUAAAUCUGAAAUGUCUGGGGCAAAGGACAACUGGUCUGUAUAUAUAAUUUUACUUAUGUUUACCUUUCAAGUAAAAGACUUUCAAUCCAUACAUGUUACAUGCUGUUUACUGACAAAUAUCCUUGUAAUUUUAUCAUGAUAACGUUUUGUAAACAUAGACCUUGGGACUAAUAGGUUAGUAAAUCUGUAAAAAUAAGACUUAUUUUCCAAAAAUAAAAAAAUUCUGUUAAACUUAAAGCAGUACUAUAAUUUUAGAAAAUGUCAUUGGUGGGGGUCUGAACACCAAUAUAUAUGACAUGACAAGUUUUUUUAAACGACAAUAACACCUUAAGGGUAAGGUCACACGUGGCGUAUUUUGCUGUAUAUUCACUGCUGCAUAUUUUUAUAUCCAUUAAAGUCAAUGGGUAGAAAAAUACACAGCUGAUUUUGCUACCUGUUGACUUCAGUGGGUAGGAAAAUAUGCAGCAAAAUACGGCAUGUGUGGCCCUACCCUAAGGUGUGGGACUUCUUAGUUGAUAUAUUUAUAUCCCCUCUCUAGAAUAGGCCCUAGCGUAUUAUCUCCGGGAAUUUAAACCCCUGUACCCCACUGCCGUAAGUGUCUCCAUACAGUAACUGAUAUGGUACAGUUUAUACUGUGACAAAGUUGAUUUGGAAACAGCUCUGUGUUUCUUGCCUGAAUAAAACUGGUUUACUAGUAUGAAAAUGUUAUUACCUACAUAGUCCAAGGUGGCACUUCUGAGGCUGGUACUGCCUCCCUAAUCUAGCCAUGUGGUUGCAGUGUAACUGCAAUACCAGUCAUAGACAUAUGAAAAAGAAAAGAACCUUAUUGGGAAGUACAUUGAAGAAGCAGCAGAGCUGCAUGCUCUUCUUUUUGUUGGGGGUAGGGGUUACCCAGUGUCAGACCUUUACCAACAGCACAUUGUAGGCCCAUCCUAAGGCUGAGCCAACAAUGUUAGGAGCAUUUCAACACAUAACAUGUUAUAUAUUAGUAGAUCUGCAAUUAGUGCAUUUAGAAAACUUACGAUUUGUUUACUUGCAGAUAUUGACAUUUUUUGGCCCAUUUGGCAGCUAUCUUUGCAAAAGUAGAAACAGACGUUAAUUAUUGACAACUAAACGAUUGCACUUCCUGUUGUCACUUCUGUAAAGAUGGCUACCAGAACUGA